GCGAGAAGGCGACAUAAUGGAGCCAGUCUGCGUGGACUUGUCACAGCUUCUUGAAAUAGCAGCAAAAAACGACUCGAGCGUCAGAUAUCGCAGCGCGCUAGCACUCCCAUUAUCUAAGACUGAAACUACGUCUUUCUCUUUCUCUACUACCCAAGGACUGCAAACGCUUUGGUCAGAAAUCAUAGCUGAACAUCAAUCUGGACAAUCGUUCUGGACAGCAUUUUCUCGGCCGAUCGUAGACAAUUUGCGACGCGCUGCAACGUCUCUACAUAUUUUCGACAAUGUCACCAGGAACAUCAUGACACAAGGUGCUGCUGCAGAGAGGGGCAUCAACAAAGAUGACAAGAAGGGCAGAAGAAAGGGUAAAGGCAAGAAUGGCAAGGAUGGCAAGAAUGCGGUGAACGAGAACAGGAGUGUCUCUGGACCUGGAACUUGUGUUGACCCGUCGGCAGAGCAGGGAGCCGGUGGCUUCCAAGCAGCCACUGUUAGGUUCGUGAAGUCGCGUGGUAGAUUCGAAAUUUUCGGAGGGAGCUUAAGUGACGCAGAACGGGCCGCGAAGAGCCUUGCUCGCAGAAUCCUGCGAUUAUCCAAACCGGAGGCCACGUUAUUUAAGGCUGCUCAACUUUCAUUGGUCAUUGAGGUUGCUCACUGAGAUCGCAGAAGAGUAGUCCCCUUGAAAGAACCAACAGGGGAAAACAAGGGGAGAGGCAUGGGGCCCUUUUCUUUAAGAAUCAGUGACCAAUGAAUGUCGGCCUUUAAUUUAUGCUACGUGCCAGAGGUGAAACGAUACACAAAGUCUUUUGUCGCACGCCUUUGUGCGGUAGUGAACGAACUGCGAGCGUACUCUUCGGACGUUCGAUUCGUGAUACGAAUUGGAAAUGUCGUGAAUGCACCUAGCUUCGAGGACGUGCCAGAGGACCGUGAUCUAGAUGAGAACUCCCGACUACGUGCUAAUACUGAAGAAGACGCACAUCAUCAGGUACAACACCGAACUUCUUUUCUACUAUCACACACUCAGCAUCUUCUGGUGCUCCCCCAGCAUGUCGAUGUUCCUGGGGAGGAUCUUUUUUUGGCACAGGCACAGCAACAGUUCCUUCAGCGGUCUUCUGCAACAGGAAUCUCGGAGUUCGAGCGCCUUUCGCAGAGGUUCGUAGGUGGAGCAGAGCGACUUAGCAGUAGUACAACACUGCAAGAACGAGAAAAAAUCGUUAUCGCGGUGCAAACAGCACAAGCUCCGAAGAUCCUUCAUGAGGUUGUCAAAGCUCUUGAUAGCGGUGUCUUAAUGCAGAUGAAGAACCGCGAAAAUUCUAUUCGUAGUUCAAACAAGAAGAACAGCAGCACGUCGAAGACCAAGACGAACGUGGGAAAGAGAUGCGUAAUGUGUCACAGGGGCACCUCGUCCACUGGUGGGCGUGACCACAACCAAACAAGUGCCGUCCAAACAGUCACUCGUCCACAGGGGUUUCAGCUCACGUUGUGCGGUUGCACUUUCUGCCGUGAAUGUUUCCGUCACUCCAUACUUCGCAGCACUGCCGAGACUGAGAAAGCACACUGCGAAUUGUGUAGCAGUCCGAUUUUGGCAAGCGAUUGUCGAAAUAUCAUUCAACCGUGGUGGAAUGCGGCCUCGGAUACCGAAAGAGCUCGUUUUGACCGCGAGUGGGAGCAAAUCGGCAAUCGGAUCGUCGAACGCUGCGCGCAAGAAAUGACUGCCGAUGCCGGCGCUGCGUCUUCGUCUAUUGCAGGCGGUUCCAGGGCAACCUCAUCCUCGGGAGUUCCUGACAGGGAUAUGCUUACUUGCCCAGACUGUGCAACCACGAACGUCUUCAACACGAAGAUGAUGAGUAGCAGUAGUAUUUAUACACCUAGUAGAACUAGAAGUAGUUCUUCUUCUUUUUCGUCCAAUUUUACUUCUAGUACUAAAGGUCAACAGAGCUGCAAAGAGAAGGGGCCUUCGAAGGGAAAGGCCAAGGGACAGGGCAAAAAGGGCCACACAAAUAGUGCUGGUGGUGACCACAACGUUACGACAAAUUUUGUUCGAUGCAGGAACUUCCGUGGAAAUUGCUCCAAUUAUCUCUGCGUCACCUGCGGCCAAGUUGUGCAUACCCAUGAGCAAUACAGCAUAUGCCGCUCUAAGCAGUGUCUAGUCGCGUCGCAAUAAUAAGCUACAGCACCACCUUGGAACCUUAUCAAGCACUGAGUGCGAACAGAAUGAAAAUAGUAACAAAAAUAUUAUAUUAAUAUUAAGUACUUUAUAAGUUCGAGUUUUGAAAACACAGAAACCCCUCAUUUGUGUUGAAAGAUAUUUUAGUUCAUAUUCCUAAGCUAAGUUUCGACGCAAUGGAAAGAUUGUGCAUCAAUUAUUCAUUAAAGUUUGUGCGUGGGCAUGGAAAUUUUGGAUGGCAACAUUUUGUGGUUGUGUGUGUAGUUGUAUGUAGUAAAAUCUUAGGUAGUGGCAGGAGCUGACCAUUCCAAUUUUUUGAUCUCUGUAAAUUCCUCGAACAUGCAUCUUUAUUGAUUCCUAUAAGUCUUUUUUAGUUCGGUGAGUGGCCCCUGGAAGUGUAAAGUCUUUUUCUCUUUCUCUCCCUCCUUCUAGUACUUCGCGGAUCUGCUGACUCUUAUGGCUUCUUGGAAUGACUUAGGUGCACAUGUAUCGUUUUCAAGCACUCAGUUCUUCGCCUACCAAGCUCAUUUCCUAAUACUGAGCUGAAGCUAGAAAUAUUUGAUGAGGACAGAUGACCCUUUUCUGGAGGAGGAGGAUCAGCGUUUUUCUACAAAGUACCCAUGAAAAUAUCAUCACAUCCCCUUGUUCCACUUGUACGAUAAGAAAAAUUUCGAUCAUUUAUCCUCCAAUAAGGUUGGAGGAAGAAAACUACAUGGCAGUGCUUCCAUACAUAAUAAGUUCAUCGUUGCAUCUAUUCUCUCGUACUCGUGCCCAAAAAUGAUGCUAGCAUGCAAUUGGAUUGACAAAACGGACUAGACUUAGCUGGUUGAGGCGGCUUACUGUGGUCGUGUCUGGACCUUGUAAUUAUCGACCAAAGUGAGGAGGACCUUGUACUAGUAGAGGUGAAGAUGAAACAAACGGUGGAAGAUGAAAAUGGUACUAGC